CCCAUACAUCUGAGAGUGGAAGUGUUGUGUUUCACCUUGGAAAAGUGUACAGGUCCUGUGGCUGAGUCCUUUAUGUACAAACUAUUGAUUGGGGAUACAUGUAUUUUUCUCUGCAUAUACUGUGAUUUUAUCUAUGUACCUUUUGACUAUAUGUAGCAUAUAUAUGUAUAUAUAUAUAUAUAUAGCCUAUAUAAAUCUGUGUAUAUGUUUAAUAUGAAAUGUAUUUUUUUACUAUUUGACUGAUAUUUUUGUUAUCUAGCAUCCAUCCUCAGUGGAAUGCCUUUUCUACACACACACACACUGACUGAAAAACACAGACACACACACACGUUAAAAAGAACAUAAAAUAUAGAAGCUUUGAAGUAGGUCGGAUUAUUUUCUUUACAGAUUAUGAUAAUUUUUUUGAUUAAUUUAUUUAACUUUUAACUAUCAAUAGAUAAUCAGAAUUGUAGCUGAUAACUUUCCAGUCUGAGCUACAUAAUGCCAUUUUAGUUCAAACUAAUUAUUAAACCAUCAGGCUAAUAAGUUAACCAUUGAUAAUUAAAUAAUAAAGAUCAACACGGAUCCCCGAAUAAUCAAAAAAAGUUUAAAUGAUUUAGCUUUUGACAAAGCUGCUCAUGCUACAUACUGAGCACUAUGACUUACUCACUCCUUCUAGCUCUCUUUUUGGUCUCCACCAGCUCCUGAGGAAAACAUCUGGCUUAUUAGCUACUGAAUGCUCCCCUCUGUUCACGUGCUGCUAGCUAACUGUGUCUGUCCUCUUAAAAAAGAAAUCAUGUGAACCAAUUUUUAAUAUAAAAUAUUGAUAGUAGUUGGUUUAAGGGAGGCAGAGGGCAUGUGAUUGGCUGAAAGAUGAGGGGGCCGUAACUGGUGACACCAAUGUCUCACGAAAUGUGACAUUAUGAAAUAGAGGAAUGAACUAUGAAAUAAAAACAUGCUUUUAUAAAAGGAAAUGUUAUAAAUAAAAAAUUAUAAUUGGCUCCAACAAAAAAAAAUUUAUUAUGAAAAUAAGAAUGAUGAAGCAACCUUUUAACAUACUAUUAUUUUUUUAAGUAUUCGGUCAUGUAUAUAUUCUGCACAAUGUAUACAUUUUUGGAUUUCUUUGGUUAUUUAAUAUUUAACACUGCGGGGGCUCCAUAAUUUGGAGAACUUCAACGUUAUUGUUGCACAAUAUUAAAAUGAACCAUAAAAUCACAACCUGGUCAUCUGCAGUAUCCUCCGCCCCAGCAGGCGGCGCCACUGACACUUUGCGCAUGUUGUUGGAAUUCAGUGAUUUUUAUCAGGCUGCCAGAGAAACUGGAGUAAACCUUCACCACCAGCAGUGUGAGUGUGUGUAUGUGUGUGUGUGAGCGCCCCAGUGGGUCGAUUAUUACCUACAAAUCCGUUCGUUUCAUAAAAUCAAAAUGCAUCCAGUUAGAGUGUCGAUCCCGUCGUUUCGUUCAGAAAACAACUCGAUCGAGAAAGGAUACACGGUCUUUAAAAUUGACGUGCUGAUGAAUGGCAGACAACAUUCUGUUGAGAAACGCUACAGUGAAUUCCAUACUUUGCAUAAAAUGCUAAAGAAGAGCAUAAAGCCACCUGAGAUCCCUUCGAAACAUGUUAGAAACUGGGUUCCCAAAGUCCUGGAGCAGAGGCGACAUGGGCUGGAACUCUACCUGCAGACUAUAAUUAUGGAAAAUGGGGUUCUUCCAAAGAUAUUCCUGGAUUUCCUGAACAUCCGCCACUUUCCUUCAGUGCCAAAAACAGAAAGCUGUGGGUCGUUUGAUACAGAAUCAGAGGAAUCAAGUAAACUUUCACAUCAACCAGUCUUGCUGUUUCUGAGAGACCCCUACCUGCUGCCUUCUGCACAUGAUACAUUUUCAAAUGUUGUGAUAGAAGGUGUGAUACAUGGAGUUUUCUACCCAGAUCUUCAACCAAGGUAGAGCUGCAGAGCCGAAUCUGAGGGCACGGCACUACAAACGUGCUCCAUAUUUUCACACCAUUUUAGGUGUGCAUCAGGAAGGACAUAACAUGUUAAGAUAGACUUAGCCUCACUUAAAUUUUCCAAAGCAUAAAACAAAAAUCCAUAUAUUUAAAAAACAAAACAAAGGGAUGCCUUAUCUCGCAAUAACUCACUGGCACUAGAUUUAAAAUGUAAUCAUCCAUUGACCUUACGCCCAGUAACUUCACCAUUGCCAUCAGAUAGAACAUGAACAAUAUUGACCCAUAUUUCAAUGGAUUUAAAUCCUAAGAAAGUAGUUUAAUUAAACGUCAGUCAGCUAUAAAAUGUAACUACAUGUGAAACAGUUUGGCAAGUUAACGUAGAUGUGUUGAGGCUUUACAAUCCAAAUAAUUAAGUAAAGAUUAUUUGCAGAAAUGAUAGAGCAUCAUUAGUAAUUAACUUAUAUUUUCCUCCUUUCUUAAGAAAGUUUGUGGAUCAAGUGGACAUAAAAAUAAGAGGCAAAUCAAAGUAUGGGAGACCUUAAGUGCUUUUUUGGAGAGAGAGAGUUUUUAGUUAGUAAAUACCAGAAGUUUGUGAAUGGCUCUCCAACUCUGGGGAACCAGAAAAGAAAUGUUGAUAUCUGCUGGACUGAAGGUUAGUCUGCCAGACACAGAGUAGGCCUGUAAGGGCAAAGCACAGGGCUGGCAUGGGGAGCUGGAUCGUGGCCUGCAAACAGGGAGGUGCCUUUGUAGCACCAGACUGUGGUUUUUGAAUUUGUUCUGAGCUGCCAAAUUGAGCCACCUGAGGGAGAGCAGUGUGGGACAGCGUGGAACAAUUUCGAGGCUGCAUUCUGGUGGAGUUGACAGAUACGUGCCACAUGUUAGGGUGGAAAUUAUUUGAGCUUUGUAAGUAGGUUGUGGCAGUGAUGUGGACCUCCUUUUUGUUUUUUUUUGAGCAUCAGGCGCUUGUGAAGGAGUACUGUCGUGUUUACAGUGGUGCUUGUGAGCUCUGUGGGGCUGCUUGAAGCAGCUCGGUUUGGUCAGGUGAUAAGUGUGUGGUUUUGGGCACAAAGCCAAUUUGAAAUGUAGCCAGGACUGACAGAAAUAUGUGGCACAACCUGUGAAUGAGGAAAGACUUCUUGAUAGCAUUACACUCCUAUGGCAUUGUCAGAAUCACAAUAGUAUUAAAAGGAUCAAAAUCAGUGCAGCAGAAUCAGAGAUAUUGUCUUUUUUUAUUCCACACUUUCUUUCUUUUCGCCUACAUUACCCACAAUGCAGCUCAACCAUCAACAGUUUGGGUCAUAGAUUCAAGUGUGUUAUCUUAGUACCAGCUUGGCUCUCCUCCUCCCUCUAAAGCUUUUCCCAUGUAAAAUAAAAGCUGAGAUGUGUGUGAAGGCAUAGCAGCAGAAUGAGCCUAUCACAAGGUUUAAACUGCUCAUUGCUGUCCCACACAACAUGCAAGUAUGGCAUUUGAGAUAUAUAUAUAUAUAUAUAUAUAUAUAUAUAUAAUCAUUAUAAUCACAGCAUAGAUUCUCCUUAUUACUGACUAGAUCCAACGCAAACCUGUUUCUGUUAUGUUGUCCCAAAUCCCAUGAAAACUCGGAAGUUGAUUUUCACAUCAGGGUUUUAGAUUAUGCAUGAAAAUGAGGAUCAUGUUUGAUUUGCGAACACAGGUGGGGAAAAUAGGCUUCCGAUAACACUUGCUAAAGGCCAGUAUCUAACACUAAUACCAGUCAUGUUACAUUUAACGUUGGAUGUACACAUAACAGACGGCCAGUUUUUCACUUGUGGUGAUUGUAGGCAUAGUCAGCCAUCAUGUAAAGGGAUGUGUGUUUUGUUUUUCAGAGCACUUAUAAAAUGACAGAUGGUUAUUUAUAAGACUUAAAACCAGUAAAACACUGUGCAAUAUGAAAUAAAAUGCAAAUUGUCUUUAUAUUGUUCCUUGCGAACGAAUGUCUGUGAAAGUACAAACCAUCUCCUGCUGUGAGCACUUGUAUGACUUGACUUGUAGCUUUUAUGACACAUUGUUGCACGUCCCUUCUUGGGCAGUAAUUGAUGACACUUCUUAUGUGACUGGACCUCCACUACAGCACAGUGACAACUAAUAUAUGGUAUUUAUACUGAAUUAAAUUAAUCCAGCGCAAUUAACCUCAACAGAUCAUGAUUUUAUGUUUUAACAAAGUAAAUCAUUUCCUAGAGCUCCAUCGCAUAUAGAUUUAUAUGUAUUUAUAUUGUGUAAGAUUGUUCUGUUUGUGUUCUGACGACGUGUCAAGUUUCAUUUAUGUGCCAUAAUGUCAACCUACAGUGAACACUGGAAUUCUACUGUAGCACUUUAAGAUGGGCGAUAUGUAAAAAUACUGACACCAAUAAAAUGUGUUUACACAAA